GUUUAGUUGAUUUUGAAUCGUCGUACAUGAAUAUUGUGUGUGGAUAUUUUGCGCGAUUUUUUUUUUAAUACAUUGUGACAUUCGGGCGGAAAAUACAAUGAAGUGACCGAUUUGCCGGUUGUUAUUUUAUCUAUUCAACUAUUUCAAUAGUUUGUGUGUGUGGACUUUUAGUUGCGAUAAACAAUAAGUUAAAUAAGAAGGUGCGUGCCCGUGGCGCUAUACAUCAAUGUCUGCUGGUAUGUGAGUUUAGCGUCAUGACAUAAGGAGCAAACCAGUGUGUGUCUAACUGUGUAACUGUGAAGAAGCCAUCAAUAAAGUGAGUGAUAAAUCGAGAUAUCGUGCAAAGUGGCCAUAAAAGUGUUUACAUGUGUUUACUAUCAAUUAAAAAGUGUCACAGCACUCAAGGCGAUGAAGGAGCCGAUAAAUAUUGAUGCGCUUCUCUAAAUGCUUCCGUCACCCCCCAGUGUUUCGUAAAUAAAUAACACCCUGCAGAACAGGAAGAAAAUUCCACUGAGUUCUUGUGUGAGUGCGCGUGGGAGGAAUACGGCCAUCGUGUGUCACGAGCGCGUUCGAUGAGCAAGCAAAAGAAAAGUAAAGAAACCGCAUGAAUAAUUCAAUAAGGAAACACAAAGUGCAAUAUAAAUUGAAAGUCGCGUACUUAUGGGCAUUGCUACGCCGCUCAAACGCCCCAUUAAUGACCUGAACAACAAUAAUUAGUUUGAAACUGCAAAUAAAAAAUAAUAACAAAUUAAAAGUGCUAAGAAUCUAUACGGCAGUGGUAAGACGACAACAACACAACUGCCGCUAUGUCGAUGCGCAGCAAUAAGUUGAACUCGUCACAGUCGGCGUAUCCGCCGCCGCCGCAAUCGCCGCAGCUGCAAUACCUGCCGCACCAUCAGCAUCAGCAGCAGCAGCUGCUGCAGCAAUUGCAACAGCAACACAAAUUCCAGCAGCAGCAACAGCAGCUGUCACAAUCGCCGCCAAGCGUCUCACAGCAGCAUCAGCACCAGCACCAGCCGCCCAACGCCACCAACAGUCGCAACAACUUGGCCACACUGGUCGCGGCCAUUAACAAUGAGAACGGCUAUCAGCUGUCGGCGGCCGCGGGCAACUCGCCAGCCAUAAAUGUGACGUCGCCGCCCUCGUACUCGGCAGCCAUCGCGGCUGGCAACGGCGCGGGCGGUGGCGGUGGUGGCGGCAGCAUGAGCGCGCCCAUAUUGGAGGGCCACAAAACGAAUGCUUCACCAUUCCAGUUUCUAAAUCACUACCAGGCACAGGAUCUGGCCAACUUGCCGAACUCACAGUUGGUGGUGGAUGGUGGCGGUGGUGUGGUUGCUGAGGAGGAUGUCGAUGAGUUGGAUCCGCAGCAGCAGUUGUGUGUGGUUGCCAAAAUGCAGAAGUCUGUAACGAUUACCGUUACGCCGCAGCGCAGCAACUCCAUGGACUAUUUGAAUUUUGAGGAGAAACGUCAAUUGAUCGCUUCGUCACUAUCCCUUUCGGAUAUCUUGCAUUGUAAUCCAGCUGCGGCUGGCAAGGAGGCGGCUGCCAAUGCUAAUGGUGAGUUGUCCCCAAACCACCAAAAUCCACAAUUCUCCACACUGCAAUCCCCCAAAAAGCAAAAUGGUGCUGCCCUGCGUACAAACAGUCUCGGCUCCGGCACACGCACACCCCCGCUCGAGCGCAAAAGCAAGCUGAGUGCUUUGGGGCGAUUCUUCAAGCCGUGGAAGUGGCGGCGGAAAAAGAAGAGCGAAAAAUUCGAAGCAGCUUCCAAGUCACUUGAACGCAAAAUAUCGGUACGUGCCAAUCGUGAGGAGCUUGUGCAGAAGGGUAUACUGCUGCCAGAGAGUCCACUGGGGAACAUACAGGAGCCAGGUGAGGAUGUGUACUUCAAUUCCAAUGCUAACACAUCCAACAACAUGGCCAAUGGCUCCAUCCUUUCGGUCGCCAAUAAUAAUAACAACAACAAUAACAGUAAUGGCAGCGCACUGCAAAAUUCCAUAAACACCACAACGGCUGGCAGCGCCGGCGGCGCACUAAUUAGCCAGCAGCAGUUGGCACAGCAGCAGCAGCAACAACAACAGCAACAGCACCAAAUGGUGAACGUACCCACAUCCAUAUCCGUGCAACAGUUCAAUGCAAUGAACGGUGGCAACAACAACAACGGCAGUAAUAACGGUGUCGGCGGUGUCAACAAUUCCAGCGGCAGCAACGGCCAGAACGGUGGCGGCGGCGGCGGCGACGCAUCACCCAUGUCGAACGUGCCGCAUUCGCAGUCAGCGCCACACCAGCUGGGGCAGCCGCCGCCGCUAACGCCGCUGGCACAGCAUCAUCAGGCGUUGGCGCAACAGUUGCAGCAACGAUUUGCCAUAAGCAAUAAUAACGAAACCAGAAAAGACAAGACUGAUGCACCACACGGUGGUAAUGGCGCGGCGCUAUCACCCCAAACCGAACAGCCAUCAGGUCAGAGUUCGUUGCUGCCACCACCCGGCGGUGGCAAUAGCGGCGCGCAAUCGAAUCACAACCACGUGACACCACACGUCGCUGGUGGCGGUGGCGGCAAUGGUGGCAACAGCGGCGGUCGUGAUCAGCAUGACGGCGCUCCACGCACACAGAAUUCCAAAUUGGAACGCCCCAAUACGCUCGGCACCGGCAAGGUGUCACGUCGCGUAAACAUUUGUUAUCAUAAUGAGCACUAUCCCGAUGGCGGCGCUGCAGUGAACAAUGUAAUCGGGGGACCGCCCGGCAGUACACCGCCACCGUACACAGCCGAUGGUAAAAUGACGAACGCCCAAGGUGGCGGUGGCGGCGGCAGCGGCAAUGUGGGGGCUGGCGGUGUUAUGCUCUCCGAGUUGCCAGAACCACCGAUACCAGUGUCCGAGAUUGGUCCAAUCCCACCGCCGCCCAUGUUCUCCACACCGAGUCCAACAUUGAUAGCUGGGCGCGCUCAUGGGCCGGGUGCGAUGAAUGAUCAAGGUUAUCAGGAUUAUGAUUAUGACGAUCAAGAGCCUGACGACGACCAGCUAGACUCGGAUGAGGAGUAUAUGUUCCAGUUGCGGCAGCAACAACAAUCAUUACAUCCCAAUCAUGUCGAUACACAGCGCGUUGAGGAAAUUCCAGCCAAAGAGCCAAAACCAAAUGCAGUUCCUCUCAAGUCGGCGCUGAAGAAGAAGCCCGGCCAAACGUCCACCUCAUCGCCGGCCACGCCUACACAGGACCACAGCAAUGCCAAUGGCAAUGUGCAGCAAGGUGGUGGCGGUGGCGGCGGCGGUCCAGCAACAUCGGCCAGUCAGCGCCCGCUGGUGGUGCGUCAAGACGCAACAAACAGUUAUUCGCUCAAGCCAAUACUACGACCACGGAUUAGAAUAUGCAGGCAGCAGGUGUUCAACAUCAAUCUGCCGUGCACCGUCGAGAACAAGGAGAACACUCGCCCGUUUGUGAUACGCGAGAGCAGCAGCGACAGCGACGAGGGCGACGGGCGCAUACUCUAUCGCGACGACGACAAUGACCGGCAGGCGAAGAUUGCGCGCAAGGAGUCACUGUCGCUGAAGCUGCAGCUGCGGCCCGACAAGCAGGAUCUGAUUAACCGCAACAUUCUGCACCAGGUGACCGACAAUGAGAUCAAGGAGUCGAAGGAGGCCAUUGGCGCACGUCUCAUACGCCGACUGUCGAUGCGACCCACAGCCGAGGAGUUGGUGGAGCGCAAUAUCUUAAAGACACAAUCACCCGCCGAAGAGAAGAAGCAAAAGGAGGAGAAGAAAUCGUAUUUGCUGCGAAAAUUGAGUUUCCGACCCACCGUCGAGGAGCUGAAGGAGAAGAAAAUCAUCCGUUUCAACGAUUAUAUUGAGGUGACACAGGCGCACGACUACGAUCGGCGUGCGGACAAGCCAUGGACAAGACUGACGCCGAAGGAUAAGGCUGCCAUACGGAAGGAAUUGAAUGAGUUCAAAUCGUCGGAGAUGGCGGUGCACGAGGGUAGUCGGCAUUUGACGAGGUUCCAUCGGCCAUGACAAAUGCAAGGGCAGCAAACGACACUUGCAACAGCAGCCACGUCAGCAGCAACAUCAGCGAAAAACUCAUUUUCCAAAUGCAACCAACACAAUUUUGUGCUCGAACAGCAAAAGCGCCAACAACAACAGCAGCAAAAGUUCGAGCGUGAUGGCAUAAAAACGAGAAAAUGAAAUAUAAGAAAAUAAAAACAAAAAAUUCCCAAAAAAAAUUCAAAACUUCACAGAAAAAUGGAUAAAAAAAUUGAAAAAUGAAAUGCUCAAAGACGGCAAAGCAAAAUUGAAACAAAAAAAAAACAAACGAACACAACAAACACACACACACAAAAUGUGAAUUAGAUUGUUGAAAGGAAAUGAGCAUGAGCGUAGAAGAGGUUAAGAGAAAACAAAGACAAAUUGCAAAAAUGGCAAAUAAAUUUCUAUUUCUACAGUAAAAAGUUAGUAAAAGAUAAAAGUAACAAAAAAACAAAAACAACUGAAAAUAAGUUAAAGCAUAGAAGAAGCCGUUAGCAGGCGCGAAGUUUAAAGUAUAAACGCUAAGGCAGUAAGGCGACCAAAAGCCAAUAAAUAAGUAAAUAAAUAAUAGCAUAAAGUUGACGACAGUAGUGACAGUAACAAACGCAACAACAACAGCAACAGCCAACAGCAGUAGCAGUUUCUAACGAUUUAGCAUUUGGGGUUUCAACACAACAACAACUGCAGCGCAAGCAGAAGCGAAAACGAAAGCAAAAACCACAAACAACAAACAAUAUUAAAAUACACAAACAAAAUGGACAGCAGUGCUACUGAGCAACGCUUGUACGGCAACUUGUCCGGCUUUGCCGGGAGCUGAGCAAUGCGCAUCAGCGCUAAAUACCUGCUUAUUUGUCGUCGCUGUGGCAGAAUGGCUGCAAAUCCACUUAGCGCCACGACGGCAGCCGCGCAGGAUAGCAAAUGUACUGGACUGGUGGACGGACGAGCUUAGUGCCAUGCUGUGGCAGGAGGAAAGUGUGUGUGUGGGCAGCAAAUUGCUCAGCACGAGUUUAGACAGACAGGUCAGUGCCACAAAAAAUAUCCAUUCCAACAAAAAAAAAAACGGCCACAACAACAACAAUAACAACAUCAGCAACAACUAAAGCAGUUAUGCAAACAAUUUCGCCAUGGCGAUAGUAAUUUUCCACAACAACAACAAUGACGAUACUAAACUCGAAUUGCAGGCGCAACAGCAACAACAACGUCAGUCAGUAACGCCACUAAUGACAAUUAUGCCGGUGCAGCUGCGCAACAACCACAACAACAACUACAACAAUAUAAAGCAGUAGCCAGUAGAAUUUUAAUUUGUCCAUUAUGCCGCCGUAAAGUUGAAUGGCGGCGCACACUUUCGGGCAUUUGAAGCACACUUAAGCAUAUUAUUGUUAUUUACAUUGCAGCAGCGAGCAGGGGUCCAGCCAGGCGCUCAUUGAAUGACAUGACGCAAAGUUUUCCACCAGCACUUGUCUGCGAGACUGUUGCAGCAGCAUUUUCCACUUGCCCUUUAUGUUAAGUUACAUUGUUGUUUGUCUUUUGUAGCGCUUGUUUACAUGCUCCGCAAAAUGCGAGCCCCAAAUAUUUCAUUAUAACAUAUACAUAUGUAUUCUAUUCUAAAUGUAAUUUGUAACUAGCAAACGUAAUUGUAAUUCGUACAAUAAAUCUGUUUUGUAAACUUAAUAUCUCUAAGAACAAAUAAAACCGAAAAGUACUCACAGCAAUGACAGACUCACAAAAUGUAAUAUUAAAUUAGAACUUUGAAGCACCGUUGAGCAGGCAAAUAUAAGCCGCACACUUACAUACUCACAUUGGAAGUGCGGCGAAUAUUUAUGCUCGAGUCAAUGGAAGGCGACAGAAGAUGUGUGCGAAGUCAAUAUCAAGAAAAGAUUCAUACGAAGGUGCUCUAAAGCAAUGGGAAGAUUGAGUUUGUUGUGGUGACUGCAGUGAGGCCCAAUAAACGAAUCGAAAGGUUGGGGCGCGUUUCAUUGUGUCAGGAUUCUUUUUUAACGUAAACUUCACAGCGGCAUUAUUAUAAUGUGCAGGCAAGCCUUACUAAAAGCUUAGCAUAGAGUUUCUUUCGGGUUUUUGGAAAAGGAAAGUAAAUUUAAAAAUAGAAAGAAUUUUGGUACCGGAUUUGUAGAGUGUUUUUGGCACCGGAAAAUAAAUUUUAUAAUAGAAAGGGCUUCAGUACCGGGUCAGUAGCGUCUUUUUGAAACCGAAAAGUUAAUUUUUCAAUUUUUUUGUUUGUUGUUUUUUUUUUAAUUUUUUUUACACUUAUUUACUUUCAUCCCAGUCAUGAAAGGUUUACACAUUUGGCUUGUUAGCGCUUUCUUCAAUUCUUUGCUGCGGAAAAUUAAGAAAAACACUCAAAUUUAGACCACAUUUAGUUGCAUAAGAAACUUUAAUAUUUAAUAUAUAAAUAUACAAUUUAAUAAAUUGAAUUUUCGUUGACGCCAAUUGGGCCCUUGCAGAGUUAAAGUUACAUUCCAUUUGUAUAUAAAUUCAUGCAAUAAAUAACAGAAUAAAUAAAGCCACACAAUUAAGUGACUCUUCCGCUUCCUUACCACAGCUUCAAGAAAUAGAAGAAAAAAACUUUUUAAUUAAAAAUUAAAAUUUUAAAUUAAAAAGAAAAAAUAUUUUAAAUUUAAAAAAAAUAUUUUUUAAGUGACCUUUUCUGCUUUUAGAGCAAAAUUUAUGCCUUCCAGGCGGUGUUCCAAAUUAAAUUAGCUACUGUUUUGUUAUGUAAGUGCUGCUUUGGCAAAAUUUCGCUACUUCGCUGCUAAAUACUAAAUCAGCGGCAUUUCUUGGAACUUAUUACCAGUUAUGUGCUGUCAUUGCUGGAGUCAGAGCUUGCAAAACACGUUAUUUUCUGCAGGAAAAUAAUUUUUGUUUGUUUUGCAGAGCGGCGCUGAGUUUGUUAUGUCAAUAAUUAAUAAUUUUUGCUUUUUUUAAUUUUAUAAAUUACUGAUUUGGGCAGUAACAAGAACAAAAACAUUCAAAGCGUGAUUUUAGUACUUUUAUUGACGAACAUGGAUUUCCUAGUAAUUUUAAAAAACAUUAAGAAGACACAACAGGAAUAUUAAAAUAAUAAUACUUGGAAAUAUUGCGAGCUGAGGCAAUUUCUACAAAUUUAUUUCAAUUCUUAAUUCAAAAAUUCAGUUUUUUUUGUAUAUUUUUUUUUUUAUUGCAUUUUUUCUGUAUUUUUCAUAAUAUCUUUACACACUAAUUUUGUUUUUAUUUUUUUUUUUGUGAAUUAAAACAAAUAUUUUUUUUAUUCAAAAAUAUACAUAUUUUUUUAAUUAUUAUUAUUAUAUUAUUAAUAAUUUUAAUAAUUAAUUUUUCAAUUGUAAAUUUAAAAUUUAAAACCGCACAUACAUACAUACAUUUCUUUCUGUUUACAAACAUAUUUGUUAGCUUUAAUUAAAAUUAAUAAAUCAAUACACAUACAUACAUACGUAUUUAUUGUACAAAAUUACAACGGCGUAGGCCAAACAUACAUCCAUACAUGUCGAUAUAUGUAUGUACAUAUGUACAUAUAUGUUUGCAUAGAGUCAGCUGUUUUUGAGUGGAUUUUCUUGCAAAAAGCACUGCUUAAUAUUUUGUAAAACUGUAUUUUAAACAUACAUACAUACACACAUACUAAUAUUUGCUUAUGUCCGUCAUAUAUGCCGCUAUGUGUGAGAAUAUCGCAAAGCAAAAAACAAAACAUAUUAAUAACUGUUUAAUAAAUUGCAAAUUAACACAUACACACAUAAAUGAGUACAUACAUAUUUAUGUAUGAAACGAGGCAGAAGGCGCUAAAGUCAUUUGUGAAGUCAACGCAGAACCAGAUAUUAAUUCGUAUUUGCGCUUGUAUUGUAGCGAAAAUGUGUUAAAAUAGAAGCGUAGAGUGGAGUUGGCAAAGCUUUGCAACAACAAACAAACGCCGCUCGGUUAUAAGCAAUAAGCCGACAUGCGAGUUCUGCUCCCACAAAUAUUUUAUUAAGUUUAAUAUUGUGUCAAUAACUACUUGAUUACUGUACUGUUAUAUCGAUGAACUACUUUUUUCUUAACAUAUCGUUAAUUGUACGAGUUUUACAUAUAAUUAGGUUUGUUAAUUCUGUGUUUCUUUUUUUCAUAUUUUUUCUUUUUGUUUUUUUUCGUACAACAAAACUGUUUGUGUAAUUAGUAAUGAAAUGAGCUACUUUCCGUUAAUCAUAUACGAUUGAAAUGUAAUUAUUGCUAAUUUUAAGAUAUAUUAAAAUUCAUUUAAUUGUAAUUAAACGUUAAAUACAAAGAGAGCGAAUAGUAGGUGGGGAGAGGAGAGUAGCAACCAAGUGAAAAAUUAUAUAUUGCAAAUAAAUGCAAAACAAAAUACAAUUGAUCAUUAUGAUAAAUUUUAAAUGAUAAUGAAUAAACAUACAUACAUACACAGAAAUGCAUAAAUACAUAACUGUAAAUGCAAACAUAAUUAAUUGAUAGUAUUGACAAAGAUUUGUACUAUUACAAGAUACGAAAAGAAAAAAAUUAAAUGAAAAUAAAAAUAAAAACAAUAAACAUUUAAAUUGAUUUAAUUAAAAUUAAAAUUUAUCUUUUUAUUUACUGCUUUGCUUCUACCACCCAUCAUCAUCAAUGGCAUGUUUUCUCAGCGCUGAACAGAAAACUCAGAUAUCAGUGCGAAAGAAAUAGAGUAGGGUCUCUGGAAGUCUUUUAAAUAUGUGUGCUAUAUGUGGUCCAUGAAAUAUUUUAAUUAUAUUUUGAAAUUUUUAAAUAGUGAAGAAUAUCUUAGAUCUCGAUUACCGAAAAAUAGCUGCGCUAUCGUUCCACAAUAUUUUGAAAUUUUGAAAAACUUUGUAUUUUUAAGAAAUUUCAACCCAUUCGGCUUAAUAUUGAUAUUUUCUAUUAAGCUCCUAAAAACUUUUCGAAACAAAUUUCACACAUUUUGUAAAGAUUAGGCGCUUAAGGGGGUGGGUAUUAUAGUCAAGAAAUAUUAAAUAUCUAAAAUAGUUUUCUUGGAUAUUUUUACAGUUUAGAUAUUAAAAAAAUAUUUUUUUUCCAUACUGUCGCCAUUUCCAUAGCUCCAGACAUUGCGACAAUAUUCUAGAUUAAUAUUGACACAUAUUAUAUUUCUUCAGACCCGCAAUUUAUCAGCUUCUAGUUUUUGGAAAUUCAUGCCUCUAGACUACAAAACUUCCUUUAAAAAGAAAUCCAGCCCAAGUUUGUUAUUUGAUACUUUUAUACAUCAUUUUUAUUUUCUAACAGGUGUCACCAGCUGAUUUCUCACGUGCUUAGCAAGUUAUUAGUGUUGGUAUUCAUAAAAAAUCAUAUUAUAAGCGCGCCGUUGAAUUUAUUUAUAUUCUUUAAAGUUCUCUAGUGUGCAACUGGUUUUUGUAGAUCUCGCCAAAUAAUCCGAAGCUUUUACAAAAUUUAAAAACUCAUUUUCUUCUUUCACUCUUUUUCCGCUUCUACUACAUCAUCAUACUAGAUUUAGUUAUACUAUCUUCAUAUUAAACUCAUUAGAAGGAUGAGAAAAAAAUUAAAAACUGAAAAAUAUUACUAAAAAUUAUUUCUUAUUAGCAUAAUAACUAUAAUUUAAAAUAAAAGCAUAUUUUAACCUCAAAAGGACCAGUUGGACAGACCACACGAGUAAAUAAUGUUAUUUUUUUUAAGUAAAUAAUACAAUAUUUUUUUAAUUGCAAGCAACUUUGUAAAAAAUAACAUUUUUCAUAAAUAAAUCAUAAUUCAAUAAAAAAUUUUGCUUUGUUAGUAAAUUCGCCUCAGUGACCAUUUCAUUUUGUAUAUUCAAAGAAUGUUAAUGUACAUUAAUGUUAAUGCUCACUGCAGCCAGAAAUAUGUUAACACGCGCUGCUACAGCCUACGAAUAUGGUUCAAUACCGACAUUCAUAUGUUAACAUGCUCUGCUACAGCCUAACAUUUGCUGGAAAAUUAAUUAACAUGAGAGCUGUUAGUGUUAAACGAAUGGACAGGCUUUCUAGGUAUAAAUAUAAGUAUGUGGCAAGCAACUCUUCAAAGUGAGUCAAAAAAAAAUUUUAACACAUUGAAAACACAUAUAUUUGAUAACACAAUAAAAAUAAACGAUAUAAAAUUAUCGAUAAAUCGUAUAUAUAUGUACAUUAUAUACAAAACAAUGAAUAACCACUAAAGAGAAUAAUAAAAAAAACUACACAUUAAAAAGUUUCAGUAUUCUAAAGUAUUUCUAUAAAACUUUUGGUAGUAUCUAAAAACAAGUAAGCAUAAGAAUGUAGACCCAACAAGCUAACAAUAUAAAUAAAAGAGGGUUUCUAAAUAUAUUUUCACUAGAGGAAAGUGCACAGGUGCAGCUAUGAAGGCUUCAAUCACUAACACAUAUAUAUGUAAAUAUAUUCUAAAAAAAGAAAAACAAUUAAAAUAAGCAAAAUUGUGAUUAUGAGUGGAUGUAAUUGAAAUCAAGCGUACCGACCUUAGAAUAAAUGGAGCAUGUUUGCUUUUUGAAGCUGCCUGUCUUCUAACACUAUGCGCUUAGCCUCAGUUAGCAUAUUUGGAGCAUAAGAUUUCGUACGCUUUUCAUGGUCAAUUCGUCUAUGUAAUGUUGGUAUGUAUUAGACUACGUUAUGUUCGCCAAAUGCGAAGUUGAUGAAGUUCUGAAAAUAAAUGGCAUUCAAAAAAGCUUUCGGGCAUUGCAAUGGAAAGCCAUACUUAAAGAACAGGAAACACUUAUUCAAAAAGAGGGAAAAAAGAAAACUAUGAAUUAUUGAAAACAGUUUGAAAACUGCUCUAAACACUUUGACGGGUAUUUUGCUACAAAACACAAACUAUAAUUUUUAUACUUCUAUCUCUAUAAAGUAUAAUAUUAAGGCGUUGUUCAGAGAGAGCCUCCGAUUUCCAGCUUCUCAAAUGGUUUUUGAAAUUACCAAUAUUAGAAGCAGCAAUCCCAACAACCAACGCCUUUAAGAAAGGUUGAUGUUUAAAUUACAUAUAGCUCGGCUCAUUGAUAUGUGGAUCGUAGUAUCGAAAUUUUGUUAAAACACCCCAAAACGCACACAAACUUUACGCCGGUGUUUCAGUAAAUGUUUUUGUAAAAGCAAUUUGAUAAGAGUGGAACGGUUAGAAGUGAUAAAAGCACACGUAAAUAAUUUAAUUGAAGGCAGUUUGCA